CAGACCACCUGUCUCCGCGCGCUGAGGACGAACCGACCCACAGAGGAGACCAGGGACGCGCGUAAAUUCCCUCCGCGCGUCUCCGCCGCGCCAUGCCUCUCCUCCGCCUCUGACCGCCCCCCGAGGACCAUGAAGACGACGCGUAAGUGUCGCGCUCUGCUGUCCGUGGGGCUGAACCUGGUGGCGCUGUUCUUCUCCACCACCGCCUUCAUCACCACGUACUGGUGCGAGGGCACCCAGCGCGUGCCCAAGCCCAACUGCAGCAAGCAGCGGCGCCACAACUGCAUCGACUACGGCGUGAACGAGACGGACCAGAACAAGGUCCACUACAGCUGGGAGACCGGCGACGACCGCUUCCUCUUCCGCCGCUUCCACACCGGCAUCUGGUACUCCUGCGAGGAGAACAUCCACGAGCCAGGUGAGAAGUGCCGGAGCUUCAUUGAUCUCGCCCCGGCGUCAGAGAGAGGUGUGCUGUGGCUGUCCGUGGUGUCCGAGGUGCUCUACAUCCUGCUGCUGGUGGUGGGCUUCAGCCUCAUGUGUCUCGAGCUCUUCCACUCGAGCAACGUCAUCGACGGACUCAAACUCAACGCCUUCGCCGCCGUCUUCACCGUGCUCUCCGGUCUUUUAGGGAUGGUGGCCCACAUGAUGUACACUCAGGUGUUCCAGAUCACCGUCAGUCUUGGUCCUGAAGACUGGAGGCCUCACAGCUGGGACUACGGCUGGUCCUUCUGCAUGGCUUGGGCUUCCUUCACCUGCUGCAUGGCCGCCUCCGUCACCACCCUCAACUCCUACACCAAGACGGUGAUCGAGUUCAGGCACAAGCGCAAGCUGUUCGAGCAGGGCCUCCGCGAGGAACAGAACUACCUGGACCAGGAGGCCUUCCACUACUUCCAGGACCGCUCCCUCCAGUCCAUCUCCAGCGCCGUGGAGGUCUACCCGGGCCACGGCGGAGCCAGAGCCGGACUGCUGGUCUCGGGCCCAGUUCCCGGUCCGGGCCCCGGCGCCGGCCGGGGGAAGAUGAGGGGCACCUCGGCCUCCGCGGACCUGGGGGAGAACACGGACUCGCUGGGGGAGGAGCAGUGCUGAGGACUCUUCUUCUUCUUCUUCUUCUUCACAGCGGCCCUGGCUUCCUGUCGGAGGAGGAUUAGGAAGACGGAGAGGAGACGAAUCAGAGAAACACACGAACCAGGCGGACAUGUUCUUUAUUUAUUAACACAAAAUCUAUAUGAACUGUGACUUUGUGUCGAUCUGGGGAUUGAGAUCCUUGGUGGGCGGGAGGAAGGUGAUCUCCGGGUUAAGUGGAUGUGCUAUGUGUAGUAUUUCAGCGUGUUAUUAUCAGCAUAGAUGCAUUGAACGUGAGUCUGGCUGCCUGGAAGUAAAAGAUUCUCAUAUAUAGCAUUAAUAGUAGACUGUUCAAAUAUCUCCUAUAUUUCCUGUCGGGUAAAACGCGUCGCUGGAUGAACGGCGACAUCGGGGGACACGUCCACCACCUCGUGGUUAGCAGAUCGAAACGUGUAGUACGUGGCACAAUUCAGACGGAAUAGUUUGUGUAUUUGUUUCUGCCCGUUGACCUCCACACAUUUAUCGAAAGGGGCGGGGCUUAGCCUUUCUCAUCGAGGUGUCGAUCAUAACAGAGCACAUAGGGUUCUAAAAAGACACGCCAUUAAUGACAUGAUCUUAAUUUCAAUGACCACAUCUGGCGCUUCUUCGUUGGGAGUCGAGGGUGCCGGAUCAAAGGAGGUAAAAGGCUGCUUUUUAUUUUUAUAACAGGAGAAACAUGUUAUAUUUAUGUCAUAGAUGUAUUUUAAAACCAAAAAGGCAUCAGCCGAUCGUGUGGGUGACAAACAAAGAGUUUGGCAUGUCGUUGAGUGUUGUGUAACUUUGUUUUUGAUCAUGAAGUAGAAAAUAAAAAUGAAAAGGUGAGAGGACGUGAACUAAAUACUACACGUAGCACCGAGCGGCUGAACAAGGCCGCGCCCUAUUUACGACGCUGAAUGUGAAAACUAGUGUGAAGAGAUUAAAAGCUGCAUGUCAUAUUC